AUGAAUGACGUGAUGAGCAUGGGGCUGCAUCGAUGUUGGAAACGCAGACUGGUUUCUAUUCUUUCACCACGUCCUGGAAUGCGCAUGUUGGACGUGGCCGGCGGCACAGGCUCGCUUCAAAAUGACGAUGUCCUAGGCGACGUUACAUUCAAGUUCCUUUUGGAAUAUCGAAAAAGAUUCCCUAUCAGCAGCGCAGAGAGUCCACGAGUCACAAUUGUUGAUAUAAAUCCGGCAAUGCUGGAAGUCGGCCAGAAGCGAGCCACAAACAUGCUGCCCACCGACCUUCAGCAUCUUAUUGAGUGGCGAUGCGCUGAUGCGGAGCAGCUGACCCAAUCCACCUCCAAAGGGCCCGGUGUACCGGCAGCAGCCUUCGAUGCAUAUACGAUUGCAUUCGGGAUUCGAAACUGCACAUCGAUAGAAAAAGUACUCGCACAGGCCCAUCGUACACUUGUCCCUGGAGGGUUGCUUGCCGUGUUAGAGUUUUCGCCUCAGCUUGAAACAAAUGGGACGCUAGGUGCCAUCUUUCAGAAUGUUUAUGAUCUAUACUCCACAUAUGGAAUCCCUGCUUUGGGUACCCUUAUCGGUGGGAAUAGGGAGCCGUAUCAGUAUCUUAUCGAGUCUAUCAGGAAGUUUCCAACAAAUGAGACCUUUGCCACAAUGAUCGAGGCGGCUGGGUUUUCGCACGUACAUGUAGAGACACUUGCAGGUGGUAUCUGUGCCAUUCAUACUGCUGUCAAGCUUCAGUGA